AUGUCGACAGUGCGAAAUAGGCCAGUUGAUUCGAGACAUUCGAUUACAAUGGGGCAAACAUUAUGUAAUCCAGAGCAAGUGAUAAACCGAUUACACUGUAUUGACAGCAAAUACGCUAUAGGCGCACAACAAGAUCCUGAAGAAUGUUAUGAUCAAUAUAAAGAAAUUUUACAAGUCAUGGAAGAUUGGUUUAAUUGGCCAUCUCUAAUGGAUUCGGCUUUGGAUUUAAACUCGCUGAGCAAAGACAAUGUGGAAAAGCAAUUAUAUUACAGAAACUUCGGAAGAACAAUUUCUUUUACGUGCUCCCUUAGUUGA